AUGAGCGAAGAGAAUCAGGUGAUGAAACAGGAGAAUGACGCUCUCAUACAGCAGCUCCUCGGCGAAGAUCUACGAAUCCCAACAACGCGAGUCAUGGCUCAGAUCGGAAUGCGGCAACUGAAGUUAAAGAGGGGGCAGACUCAAAACGAGCAUGCCCUAGCUCAUCAGUUGCCACAGAGGUUCUCAGGUGCCAGCGAUGGCCCAGUGCAGGCUUACGAGCAAGGCCGGAAGCAUGUGUGGCCGGGUCCUGCUUCGUACCAAGCAAUGAACACAGCUCCAUGCAGGUUUCAUCGAUCCCGAUCACAGACUUCCGCAAAAGUUGCUCGGGCACUUUCACCGGAUAUAUUGAGACGCAACGCAUAUGGCAGGGCUAUCUGGCAACGACUGACUGCACCCGUGACAUAUUACUAUGUGCCGAAGGGACUGAUCAGAGUAUCGACGGCGUCCGUGGAGUCACGACCUGACCAAGAUCUGUAUGACUAA